AUGUCGCUGAAAUACACGAUCUCCGGCCGACUGCUGGCAUGUCUAGACAGCAGCUGCUGGAUCGCCCAUGCCCAGCAUGCGAGACAUGCUCGUCGACUACCAUUGCCAACGCACCUUCAAAUCAGAUCCUAUUCGCAUCAUGCACACAAUAAUCCCAAGACCAGUAUAUCGUGGGCCGCUCUCGCGAGCAGAAGUGCCAUCGCUGUUGGGGUCGCUGCCGGGUCGCUGCAAUUGUUGACUGACGACUCCUACGACAACAGUCACGGGAAGGUCAAGGCAACCAAGAUCAGAACCUUCCGCCUCGCUGAAGUCAAACAGCACGACAGAACCCCUGGGUUAUUAGGGGGAACUUCGGUCUACGACAUUACCGAUUGGAUCGAGGCUCAUCCCGGAGGCGAAGUCAUUUUAGCCGCCUCGGGAGGUAGCCUGGAGCCGUACUGGGACAUCUUUACGAUUCAUAAACGGCCAGACGUCUACGAAAUCUUGGAGCAGUAUAAGAUUGGCGAGAUAGACGAUGCUGAUUUGAAGGAUGGUCGGGUACCCCACGACGCCAUCGUGGACCCUUUCCAACAUGACCCGGGACGUGAUGCGCGACUCGUGACCCUAACGCCUCGUCCAAGAAACGCAGAGACGCCCGAGUUAGGGCUCAGAGAGUUCAUUACCAGGAACGAGCUAUUCUAUGUCCGAAACCAUUUCUGGGUUCCCGCCGUAGAUGGAGAGCAACACAAGGUCACCAUCGAACUGACUGAUGGGAGCGAGAGGAAAUACACUGUCAAGGAACUCAAGGAGAGGUUUCAAACACAUAAGGUAACGGCUACACUGCAGUGUGCCGGGAAUCGCCGCAAGUCCAUGACGGAGGGUGCGGGGCCGACAAACGGCCUGCAGUGGAGGGCCGGUGCUAUUUCCACUGCUGAGUGGGAGGGAGUCAGGCUUGUUGAUGUUCUCGCCGAUGCUGGUCUCAAUAUCGAGGAGCUGCCAACCGAUGCUCAACAUGUCCACUUCUCAGCCAUGGAGGCGUACGGAGCGUCCAUCCCUAUCCGGAAGGCCCUCGACCCUUGGGGGGAUGUGCUCUUAGCAUUUGACAUGAACGGCGCCGAGCUGCCGCGAGACCACGGUUAUCCCGUGCGAGUCAUCGUCCCGGGCACGGUAGCAGCACGUAGUGUCAAGUGGCUUUCCCACAUCUCAAUAUCUCCGGACGAGUCGCCCACCCAGUGGCAGCAGCGUGACUAUAAGAGCUUCUGCCCCAGUGACAUCAAGAAUCCGAACUGGCAAAGCGCUCGCUCCAUACAAGAGAUGCCUGUCACUUCAGCAAUUACACACGUCGAACCAACCAGAGGCGAGAGGGGCGAGGUGGAGUCCAUCUGCGCAGAAGGCUAUGCGUACUCGGGCGGGGGACGCGAGAUUAUCCGUGUCGAUGUCAGUAUGGAUGGGGGCAGGACAUGGCACGAGGCUGAGCUGUUAGAUGCUGAGGCUAAAGUGAGUGGGAGUAAGGCAUGGUGCUGGAGGCAUUGGAGGUAUAAGGGGCAGGUGCCCGAUGAUGGCAAGACUGUUUCUGAGGCCGUGCUGGUAGUCAAGGCCACGGAUGAGGCAUACAAUACCCAGCCACAGACUUACGAGAGCAUCUUCAAUGCCCGGGGCAAUCUGGCGACGGCAUGGGAUCGUGCAAAGGUAUCGUGA